GUGCGCCACCUUGAUGUAAACAAAAACACGUGGGCGGGCGCGGCGAUGUGAAUAGCUGGCGCUAAAUUUUUAAUUUUAUAUUUUGGCUUUCGUUUUGCUUUAUCCAGCAACAUCCCAUAGUUUCAAGACAUGAUAUUUCAUCAAUGAUUCGUGGGGUUUGAUCUUGCUCCCGAAAAAUGGGCGUGCGGGGCUUAUCAACGUUCAUCAAGGAACGGCGCGACAAGUUUUUGGUCAGGCACAAGCUGUGUAAUGAGGUGGUUAUACUUGAUGGGGACAAUGUGAUUCACUAUAUCAAUGCUAAUUCAAAGGGUCUGAACUUUGCUUUUGGUGGGGACUACCAAAAGUAUGCAUGGAAGGUAGAGGCUUUCUUCAACAACCUGCAAAGAUGUGGUAUAACCCCUAUAGUACUUCUUGAUGGCGGAUCAGACCCAAGCAAUCGGAAACUCAAGACAGCUUUCAGCAGGUUGACAAGCAAGCUGGAGGUCACCAGGAAACUGGCACCAACAUCACAACACAGGCACACAUGCCUCCCUCUGCUCACCAAGGCAGCCUUUGUGGAAGUGCUGAAUCGCCUCGGUCUCCCGUACGCCGUCUGCCCGUUCGAGGCCGACGAGCCGGUUGCCGCGCUGGCCCGGCACCUCAGCUGCAGUGUGGUCAGCGACGACACGGACUUUUUCGCGUUCGGUGUGCGCUGCGUGCCGCUGGGGUCCCUGUCGGCCGAACCGGAGUGCGGACUGGACGGACAGCCGUACAUGGACUGCACGCUCUUCAGACAUGACCGUUUUAUGGAGGAGUACGGUCUGCGACCUCAGCUGAUGCCGCUGCUGGCCUGUCUGCUCGGUAACGACUACAUCAGUCCCGGAUCGCUGCGGGCCUUCUUCCGGCACGUGCCGCGGCCUUACGGCCAGCGCCGCGGCCGGCCCUCGGCUCUGCGGAUCAGCGGCGCGCUGGCCUGGCUCCGGCGGCACACCGAUCCGGAGGAGGCACUACAGGAGGUGCUUAGUCUGAUCCGUAAGGAGGAGCGUGCCAUUGUGGGCCAGCUGGUGCGGAGACUGAUGGACAACUACAGCCAGUGUGGCUGGUCGGAGGACCUGAUCGGGCAGCUCCGACUGCCGCCGGGACUGGUCGGGACGACGGCGGAACAAGACAGUGAGGUGCUGCCAUCUACGGAGGAGUCUGAAAGCCAGCCUGUCGACCGUCUCGCGAAUUUAUCGCUGAACGGAACAGCAGAAUCUCUAAAGCGUACCCGUGAUGAGCCGGAUGCCGCCUCUGAUGAUGACCUAUCCGAUGACGGGUCUGAAGACAUGGAGGACGUGUCCGAUGACGCCUCUGAAGACUACGCUGACGCUGAUGUGUCUGGCGAUGACGUCUCCGGUUGUGAUGACGAGUCGUCAGCGGUGUUGGACGGUCGUCUCCUGCUGGACGGAGCUCCGCCGCCCGGCUGGCUCUCAGACGCUCUGCGCCGCGGCCAGUGUACCAAUGACGUCAUCAACCUGAUGUCGGGACAGCCGCUGCUGGAGGAGCCCCAGGUGGAGGACCCUCGCCAGCGUCCGUCGUGUGUGUGCGUGGAGCCUCUACUGCGCUGGUUGUGCACCUGUCUGCACGGCCAGCCGGACCGCGCCGUCACCGUGUACCGUCGAGCCGACUCGGGCCGGUCCGUGGUGCGUCGGCAACUCGCGCCACCCGCCGCCGACGCGCCGCAGCCGCCGCCGCUGGCCGCCGUGCCGGCGAUGACGCUGGCCGAGCGGCGUCACGCGGUGCUGAUGGCGCUCGGUGCGCCACUGGUCCCCUCCUCGUCCUCGGAGAAGAAUUCAGUGCCGGGUCAGACGCCGCUGGCGGUCCCUGAAUGUACCCAGGAGCCGGCAAAGGAGUCGGAGCGGCGGUCUGCGGCGGGAGUGACCCUAGGAGCAGCACUAGACGUGCUGCCGGAGCGGCAUCACCUUCUGGCAGCAGCGCUGUGCUACUGGCGCCGCCACUCGGUUGCGCCGGUCACCGCUGCUCAUUUAGGCGCCCUGCUGCUCCCUGAGCGUCGUUCCGAGCCGGGUGUGUCUCGUCUGGCCGGUCCCGACCCUCGCCUUCUCUCGGGUGACGUGUCCUUCGAGCAGCGCGUGGCACAUCAGUUGGCCCAGCUGCAGUGUGUGCUGGCGCAGGCUAACAACAUCAACACGCUCAUGGGCGCACCUCUGCAGCUGGUGUCACCAUCACGUGUCUUCGCCGGUCCACUAGUGUAUAACGCGUUGAUGCAGCUGAGGAGACUCGGUCUGGAGGCGGUGGAGCAGUGGCUGACGGAGCCGGCACUGCGCGAGUGGCGCCGAGAGCUGGAGCUGCUGUGUCGUGUGACGGGCGUGGACCCAGAGCUGCGACCGGCCAAACCCGUCCUGGUACCCGCGGCUAAGGCGUCCCGGCCUGCCGCUGGGGAAGUGGGAAAGACGAAGGAGGUGGGAGAUGGGAUGGGAAGGUCAAAGACGUCUCGGAGAGCUCGGCCUCAGCCGCAGUUGACGGGUAACAAGUUCGCGGCGCUGCUACAGGACAGUGACGGCGGCGCUAGUGGGGACGAUUCAGAUGCAUCGGGUGAUAGCUGACCAAAGCUAUGGUGCUAUGAUAUGAUUGUUGGCUAAAGACGAAUGAUGUAGUGUUUAAUGUGGAUGCGCCGACUCCAUGUUACUCAAUGUUCAACACUACCGCGCGCUGUUUGACAUGGAGAAUCGCUGUUUGUUUUUAUAUAGAUGUUUACCAGGGAGGUUUGCUGUCUUUUCAAUCGGAUUUUGGAUACAAUGUUUUAGUGUGAUUCUCAACAGAUUGUUAAAUAUCAGUUUUGCUUGACCUUUCUGGUAAAUACAGAAUCAAAACCA